AUGAUCGUGUGGACCACUGCACCCAUACUACGAUUUCCAACAGAAGCGGUGAGAACAGUAGAUCAGCAGUUGGUACAACAGCAGAUUCAACAGAUAGAGCAACUGACACAAGACGGUUUAGCAAGAGAUAGGCAAAUUGAUGAUUUGAGACGACAAAAUGGUGAUUUGAGACAGCAAAUCACACAUCUACAGAUGGCACUGAGAGACGAACAACUGCUGAAAGAAGAUGCAGUUGGUGAAGAGAGAAGGGAGAAAGAAGAUCUACGACGACGAUUACAACGAGAGCGAGAAGACAAACGCAACGUUCAGAAGGAUCUUGAUGAAGCUCGACAACAAAUUGAGCAAAUGAGCGUCAAGCAGGAAAAUCUUAUACGAUUACUAAAUGAAGAGCAAAUAGAAAAGGCUAACAUUGUAGAGCUGCUUUCAGAUGCCGAUGCUGCAAUUGAACGAUACAAGCAAGAACGAGAAAACGAAGUUUUCAAUAUUCCCUCACAUGACAUUCAAUUGACUGGCACAGAACUAGGACGUGGAUCCUAUGGAGCUGUUUCUAUUGGAUAUUGGUGUGGCUGUCCUGUUGCUGUCAAGCGUUUGUAUGAUGAGUUCUCUGGUUAUGAACGAUACAUUCAACUUGUGAAACAAGAAGCGUCUGUAGCAUGGAAGAUACAUCAUCCCAACAUUGCUGCUGUUUGUGGUGUCACUCUGGAGAAAGAAGUCAAGAAGGCGUGGAUUAUCAUGGAAUUACAUAGCGGCUCCAUUUCUAGUGUGAUCGAUGCAUGCCAAGAAGAUGCUGCACCUCUCACUGUACGAGAAAAAGUUGACAUGGCACAUGAUUCUUUGUGUGGAUUGGAUCACAUUCACUCGAUGCAACCCAUGGAGAUUCUCCACGGUGACAUCUGUCCAAGGAACAUCCUGGUAACUGCAACGAUGAGAGCCAAACUGGGUGAUCUAGGAGCCGCUCGUUUUCAAGAUGCUUCACUUUCAGUCGGCCUUCUCAGUCCAGAAUACACAGCACCGGAGAGAUUUGAUGCUCCAGCUCUACCAAAAAGCAAGGAGACGGAUAUGUACAGUAUGGCUGUGACCUUAUGUGAGCUGUUCACUGCUGUUACUCCAGACCGUCGAAAAAGAAUGGAUCAAGUCUUACUCAUCCGUCAGCUGAACGUCCGUUCCUUAUGUAAACACUUGAUGAGAGAUAAUCCUGCCACACGACCAACAGCAGCCGAAGCUCGCAAUAUCAUUAGUCGUAUUUGUGUGAAAGACGAGUAUAAAGCGUGUCCUCCUAAACGAAUGGUAAAGGGCAAGAUGGAUGGAGUGGCCGAUGUCACUCUUGUUCAGCCCACCUUGUGAUGUGGACAUGUCACUGAACCACGUGGUUGUAUUUCUUACUUGAUAUCAUUUCUAUGUUCCUACACAUUAUGACAACAUUACUUAGCAAUAGCAAUAAGCUAUGUUUGCAUUCUGUAUUCUUAGAUUGACCAGACAAGUUUGAAGUAGCAUUUUUCAGUGUUUGAACUUUGAUAUUGUUAUUGGCAGGUUUGAUGUGUACACUCUUGUCACGUGUUAUGAUAAUAGGGUUUAGUAUUUGUACAUUUCCUGUUGUUAAUAAAUUUUCUGUUGACAUGUCCAA